AUGGCCGCAGCCUAUCCCUGGUCCCAGCAAGAUGGAGCCUGGCGCCGCAAGCUGGGCUCCAUGGAGUCUUUCUACCUUACUCUCGCCUCUCCUGAAGGCGCACCAGUGCACUGGAUGAUUGGGUGCGGCGUGUCAAUCGCUUAUCGUGGAAACGACAGUGUCGACAUUGCAAAUGCUCUCCGACAAGCAUGGAAAGAAACGCGGCGUGACUUCCCCAAUAUCACCGCCGUGGUCGAUACUAAUACGCGGGAGAUGGUGGUUGGAUCGGACGAAUCGACUGCCGUAGAAGAGUGGUUGCAGAAAUCCUUCCAGGUUCAUGACGGUAUUAGCGCAGACGAGCUGUUCUCUGCUUUCAAGAGCCAGUUCUGCAUCACUCUUCACUUCCUGCGCGACACGAACGAGGUCGUUAUCCAGGCUCCGCACGCCCUCAUCGAUGGGCGUGGGAUCUUGUAUUUGUACCACGCUUUGUUCACGACACUGUCCAGGCAGUCAGAGGACCACUCCAAUGGUAUCAACGCCCACACCGGGCCUCUGAAUCUGACAAGACCCUAUGAUGACUGGCUUGGGGUUUCGGCGAUCCCAUCAGAGAAAAGUGUCAAGGAUGCUCAGUCUAUCUUCCAGCGUAUCCUGAUGCAGCAAAAGCCCAUCCGGUUGCCUGGCGUGGACUUUGGACGCGUACCGCAAAAGACCGUCCACAGGGACCUCGCACUGACUGAGGAGACCACACAAUCCAUUAUCGAAUCUUGCAAGCAGAAGGGGGUAUCUGUCACCUCUGCAUGGCAUGCUGCGCUGGUAAUGGCGACACAGAAAAUCCAAUCCUCAACCGGCGAAGAAGGCACAUCAUACACACAGUUCACCACCAUCGAUCUCCGGCGUCACUUCCCUCCUCCCUUCAACCCACACCAGCACUCCAUCGGAAGCCUCCAGACCGCACUCCCAUUACCGAUCGACUUCAGCACAGACAACACCUUCGAGUCCAUCAGCCAGUCCCUGCACAAGCAGUACAAAAACCCAUUCGUCUUUGCAGACAACGACUUCGGCUACCUGGGCCCGUACAUGGCCAUGUCCAAACAAAUUCUCGAAAGUGGCGGUGCGCCGCCCAGCAGCACGCCUUACUUGUCGAGUAUGGGCGUGGUCGACGACUUCCUACAACCCCGCUACGGUGAUUGGGAGCUGGAUGACUUCUGGGUGAGUUCUACGAUGCUUACGGGUGAUUUCCAGAUGUAUCUGUGGACGUGGAGGAAACGGAUGGUGUUUAGUGCUUGCUAUAAUGAGGCGUUCUAUGGGUCGGCUGAUGUGGAUGUGGUUUUGGAAAAGACGAGGGACGAAAUGAUCACGGGGCUGGGAUUGGUAUAA